GUCGUCCGCAAUUCUGUCAUUGGUAGAAGGGUUAUGUUUCGAAGCAUUUCGUAGGUCCAUGUCUAAGGUCAAGCUUACAGAGACGGUCGGAAGACCCACGGUUAAGUAAAUAUUCAGUCAUCUAGGACCAAUAGACACCACAUGAUUGAUCCAUCGUCAACAGCGCUUCAGCCCUGCAUACGCACAUGAGGAGCCACCCUAUGAGUGCAUGAACAGAAUUGCGGAACACAGUCAAUUAGCACCUAUCAACCUCCCUCUCAUUCAACGAACGGCUACGGUCCCCGUACGGCGCAAAAGCUUGAGCUCAUGGCGAUGCCCAAAGUCUUGGUUACUCGUCCUCUUCAACUCCUUCGACAGCCGGCUACUUCAAGAGGGUUCGUCAUGUCCGCAAGUCGAUCACCAACAAUCCUCCCGGCUGAUGUGCCGAUAGAGGAAGAGAGGAUUCCUGGCUAUGAUCCAAAGCGGUUUUUACCAGUGAAUCCAGGCGAUCUCCUUAACAACAGAUAUAAGAUUAUGGUGAAACUUGGAUGGGGCACUACUUCUACUGUGUGGUUAGCUCAGGACACUCAACGAUGGUGGUGGAACUCCAACCGUUAUGUGACUGUAAAGAUUACCGCCUCUGAUUGCGUCGACGACGAUGUAGCGAAACACGAGCGGAUUAUAACCCGACAUCUCAAGAGGAAUCUAUCACACGAUGGCUUCCCAUUUGUAAGGACAAUGCUCGACGAUUUCGAAGUCCCGGGGUUAGAUGGACCUCACUUAUGCCUGGUCUAUGAGCCUAUGAGAGAGCCCCUCUGGCUAUUUCAACGGCGCUGGGAGAACGGCAAAUUACCAACAGCGCUUCUCAAGGUAUACUUGAGGUUUCUCCUCCGGGGACUCGAUUAUCUUCAUUCUGAGUGCUGUAUCAUCCACACGGAUCUUAAACUGGACAACAUCUUACUAGGAUUUGAGCACCCCUCUGUGAUUGAAGAUUUCGUCCGCAAACAAGCUGAGAAUCCUAUGCCUCGAAAGAUCAAAGACGGCCGAUCGAUCUACCUCUCACACAAUGAUUUUGGGCCACCUAAGUCAUUCGGUAUACUACCCAAGAUAGCGGACUUCGGUUUGGCGCAAUCAGGAGAGGGCUCGGAGCCUCUAAUGCAUCCUAUUCAGCCACCUCUUUUCCAUGCCCCAGAAGUCCUGUUAGGCACGAGCUGGACGUAUAGCGCAGACAUCUGGAACCUCGGCGUAUUGAUUUGGAACAUGAUGGAAGGCAGGGACUUAUUUACACAUAUUCGUUCGAGCCAAGGAGACUACGAUGUUCGAGCCCAUCUUGCGGAGAUGAUUGCGUUGCUAGGCACCCCACCAAAGAUACUUAUUGAUCGAGAAAUACACUGGAGCGAGGUCAAAUGGAGCCAUGCUGUGCCAAAUUCAGAAGGCAAGCUCUGUCAGACCGCUCGCGAGUAUUAUGGAGGGCCUUUCUUCAACUCCGAAGGUGAGUUUAUGCACAAGGAUUUAAUUCCGACCGAUGUCAGGUUAGAGGACUCUAUCCUUUCUCUCGAAGGAGAAGAUAAACGCCUCUUCCUUGAUUUUAUAAAGAAGAUGCUCCAAUGGUUGCCAGAAGACAGGGGGACAGCUAAAGGGCUCCUUGAAGAUCCGUGGCUACAGGAAAAGAGCACUUAGGCGGGAGAUCAGGGCGAAUUCCCUGGUGCAUGCAUCUAGGGGAGAGGGAGUUGAUCAUGUCGUUGAUGUCUGGGGCCGGAAGCAGUCGUGGGGUUUGCCUACAACCUGGCCCGGGGCGCAUGAAGUAAAAUCAUUGGCAACCAUUAGGGUUUGCUAUUAAAUGUGAUGGGAAGACUGCUACAAGAGGACCGGCUACAAGAGUCUCAC